AUGGCAGCAACAAGUGCAAGUGCGUCGGAGUCGGCGUUCCCCGUCACGCCGCCGGAACCAGCGAGGGUAAAUGCUGAGGCCAUAGUGUCUACACAAGCGACGGCCGAUUACGUGGACACAAUAUCAGCACCGGCUAAUGCGAGUGCAGGGGGAUUAGUGUCUACACAAGCGACGGCUAAUGCCGAGGCCACACUAUCAGCACCGGUGAGUGUGCGUACGGGGGAUUCGGCGUCUACAGAGGCUACGGACAACUCCAAGGUCACGUUUCCGACACCGGUGAGCGCGUGUAUCGAGCGUUUGGCGUCUGCUGCCGCCAUAGCCGACUCCACAGCCAUAUUGCCGAUACAAGCGAGUGUAUGGACUGGGGGACUGGCGUCUUCGAUGACCACGAAGCCGACACUGGCAAGUACAAAUACUGGAGGCGUGGGACUUGGAGUUGCGACGGCCGACUCCACGGCGGCAACACUGGAGAGUGCAAGUACUGGGGGUUUGGUGAUUGGAGCCGCGACUGCCUACUCCAUGGCCACAGUGCCGACACUGGAGAGUGCAAGUACUGGGGGUUGGUGUUUUGGGCUACAGCGGCCGACUCCACGGACACACCUGUGGCGAAGCGCGGUGAACACUCUGCCGACAAAGGGGCGUAUAGUGAGACCCGGACUUGGGGGUCAACUUCUAGGAUGUUAA